ACGGGGCGGAGAGCCCCACGAGGCUCCAGGGGGGACACCGGAGGACUCCCUGGCUUCCCGAACCCCCCUUUCCCGGGGCAGACGAGUUGGGGGAACAUUCUUCACACUGCCCACUUCGGGCCAUAUAAACGCCCCAAUCCCUCCACACGCUUAUAAACCUCAGGGACCGCAGAAGGGACAUUAUAAUGGAACCGGGUGACAACAGCACUUCGCCCCUUUAAACUCUGGAGGCCCCGCCCACUUCUUUCCGCCCUCUACUUUAGAAAGCCCCGCCCAUCCAUCCGGGGCUGGAACCCAUUGGCUUCCGCUGGAAAAAGAUAUGGGCGGAGCCGGAGGAGGGGUGAAGGGACACACGAGCAGGGAAAAUCUCAGAGCCCUUUGAGGCCCCGCCCAUUCCCUCCGGAGCUGAGGGGCAAAGAACGCGCAGGCGCAAUCGCACUGCCACGGCUCCAGCGGAAGCCACGCCCCUCCCCUGAGUCUUAAAGGACCAGAAGCAGCUCUUGCUGCUCGGGCCCUUCCGCACUUUUGGGGGGCGGGGGUGCGCAGGCGCAGUGGGGGAGCUCUGGGGGCCCGGGUAGCGGUCGCGUAUCAAGUUGCUCCCUGUCCCGGCAGAGAAAGCUAGGGCGCUGAGCGUCCAGUCUCCAGCCUGCCCCCCACCAUAUCCGUUGGAAGAGAAAAGUUUGUGAAUUGGGACCCCAAGUUUUGGGGAAACUGGGCUUGCGGCGCGGGGGGGACGGAGGAGACUCCUGGGGAGCUUCCCGCAUGGAGCCCACUCAACCUGCAGAGGACCUCAUCCUGACCGAGCAGGCCCCUGCCUCGGAACUUGGGGACCCCGAAGACCCCGGGGAUGAAGCCCCAGACGGCUCAGAGACUGUGGUCCUCAGUCUCUUCCCUUGCACCCCGGAGCCCGGGAAUCCUGAACCAGAUGCCAGUGUCUCCUCACUGCAGAGCAGCUCCCUGAAGCACUCUACAACCCUCACCAACCGGCAGCGGGGGAACGAGGUGUCGGCCCUGCCGGCCACCCUGGACUCCCUGUCCAUCCACCAGCUCGCGGCCCAGGGGGAGCUGAGCCAGCUGAAAGAGCAUCUGAGGAAAGGAGACAACCUCAUCAACAAGCCAGACGAGCGCGGCUUCACCCCACUCAUCUGGGCCUCUGCCUUUGGAGAGAUCGAGACCGUCCGCUUCCUGCUAGAGUGGGGUGCCGACCCCCACAUCCUGGCCAAGGAGCGGGAGAGCGCCCUGUCGCUGGCCAGCACGGGCGGCUACACGGACAUCGUCGGGCUGCUGCUUGAGCGGGACGUGGACAUCAACAUCUACGACUGGAAUGGAGGGACGCCCCUGCUGUACGCUGUGCGUGGGAACCACGUGAAGUGCGUUGAGGCCUUGCUGGCCCGAGGCGCGACCUCACCCACCGAGGCCGACUCAGGCUACACCCCGAUGGACCUCGCCGUGGCCUUGGGAUACCGGAAAGUGCAACAGGUGAUCGAGAACCACAUCCUCAAACUCUUCCAGAGCAACCUGGUGCCCGCGGACCCCGAGUGAAGGCCGCCUGCUGGGAACUCAGACACUCAGGGAACAAAACCGUGGACUCAGAGCUGGGGGCACCCAGAACCGGCUUCAGAGGCAGCUCUCGGACAGGCGGUGGGAGGGGACCUUCCCGACAGGAACCAAUAAACCUUCUGUGCAG